UACUCAAGCUCCCUGGCGAAGGGGCAAGUGUGGCAAAUGUCCGGCGUGGCAAAUGUCCAGCAUUCUUUAUUUAGUACGUUGGGAUACGGUGCAGCAGCUACUGGCCAACGCUGUGCGCCCCACAGAACAGGCACCACCUACAGCAACACCUACAGCUGCCAUACCACACCAGCUUGAGGAACAAGAAGACGAAUGGCUCGAGGGGUUACAACAAUUUGAAGCACACGGAAUCGCUCACAAUGUACCAGAUUCACGGAUCCAGAGGACAGCGCGGCUACAGCAGCUGCCAGGAGGUAUCAUCACGACACCCCAUCGAGACGGAGCCUUCGCCUCCUCCGCCUCCUCUCGUCCUACCGAUGGAGCUGGACCCGCCGACACUGCAGCAGUCGCCACCUGCUUCAUCUGGUUCAUGGCAUCAGGAGGUGGACGCAUACCCUUCUGGGCGUUUUCCGAGGGACGUUUCCGCCACAGCGAAGUCCGGAUGGCGGGGUACGACCGGAAGCUUGACGUCCCCUGCAGCCACAGAUUCCCGUCCAGCGUUGCGCCCACACUCUUGCCUCCUUCACCGUUGUAACGCUACAUACACAACAA